AUGAUUCCAGAUUCUAAAAGAGUUGAUGCUGAUAUUGAAGAUAGAUUCAGUGCUCUACCAAGAAACCUUAUAGAUGAAAUUCUAAGGCUCUUACCCGUUCACGACGCAGCAAGAACUAGUAUUUUGUCAAAAAAUUGGAGAUAUAUUUGGGCCGCGCAUCCCAAUUUAAUGCUUGAUAAGACCUUUUGCAGUAAAUUAGCUGUAAAAUCUCAAUCUGUAUUGAAAGAAACAAUAGAUAUGAUUCUCUUACAACAUAUUGGAGAUAUUGUGAAGUUUGAUCUUGAUGUUUCAGGAGUACAAUUGUGUUCAUAUGCAGAUAUCGAUAGAUGGAUGCUUUAUGUCACGAGAUAUGGUGUCAAGGAAUUAACCCUUAACAUGUCAAAGAAUAUUAGUAGUACUUAUAAAGUGCCUUCUUAUAUAUUCGAUUGUCGAACCCUGACACAAUUGAAACUCUUCAAAUGCAUCUUCAAAUUACCAAAUUCUUUUCUUGGGUUUCAAACUCUUACCAUCCUUCAGUUGAAAGAAGUAACCUUCGCGCCUGCAAUAGAGUUUUAUGCUAUCAAAACGCCACUUCUUGUCGAAUUAAACUUGACACAUUGUGAGGGCACUCAAUAUCUUAACAUUGAGUUCUCAUCAGGAUUGAAGUACUUGUCUGUUCGUGAGAGUCACUAUAAUCUUGACCUAAAUAGCAAUUACUUUAGGAACAUCAAAAAAUUGACAUACUUAUACCUUGUGUUUGAUAAUCCAAUACGUGUUGAUGAAAGAUUAACUUUGGAAAAGCUUCUUUUUAGUUCGCCUACACUUGAGACACUUACUUUGGGUAGAGUCCCAAAGGGGCUUCAUUAUACGCUCAACUGCUUGUGGCAUCUACAGUUAGGUGUAAACUUCAACAAAUUGGGUCAGACUUGUUACACUCUCGAGUUGAUUAAAAGUUUCCCCAAUUUGAGUAAACUUGAGAUUUGGGACAAUGCUUUCGGUGACCCUGAUGAAGCAGUUAUGAAAUAUCUAGACGCACCAUCAUGUUUGGACCAAACACUCAACAAGCUUGAAGAUGUUUCCAUCCAUAUUUUUAGGCGAUCCAAAGUUGUACUAUCUUUCAUAAAGUUAUUGUUUGCUCAUGCUCCAUCUUUGUCAAGGAUGAGCAUUAAGCCGAAAAACGCUUCUAGUUCCAAAGAAGAAUUGAAUGUUGCUACAGAGUUGAUGCGUUUCCCCAGAGUCAUCGACAGUACUACUAGUGACAAUGUUGAAGAAGUUUUGGAAUAUCUAAACUCGCCGGUCUGCUUAAACCAACCACUCCACAGUCUCAAAGAUGUAGUAAUGCAUGCUUUUGAGGGUUCAAAAGUUGAAAUGCUUUUCGUAAAGCUAUUGUUUGCUCGUACUCCAUCUUUAAUAAGGAUGCAAGUGAAUGUCUUUGAUUUGGAGGAAGGAAGAGAUAUCGCCACAGAAUUGAUGGAUUUCCCCAGAGCAUCUCCCAAGGCCGAACUAUUCUGUACUCCAUGUACAGAUUAA